GGGGAGCCCACUUUAUAGUGCCCUCUGAUCCCUGAAAGUACUGGAAAGUACAAAAAAGUGCAAAUACGAUACAGUAGCCGCCACUUUCAGAUUGUGGUUGAUGUUCGACCACCUCGUUGCUGUGUGAUGGCCACGCCCCGGCUCCGUUUGAUGCCUCUCUUCUCCCUCGUGCUGCUGCUGAGAGUGUCUGACAGUUAGUGCAGGCCAGCAGCUCGGCAGCACGUCCCAGCAACAGAUUCUUAUAUUUGAAUUAUCCUGAUCCUAAGAAGCAUGAACCUCAGUCUCCCUGACCAGAACAUGCACAGCUCUUCUGAAAGCUGCCUGGAGGAUGACAAACCUGAUGUUAUGUUGCCGUGUUUCCGUAGAAACAUGUAUGACGAGCCUCUGGCCUCAUACCCCAACGGCUCCAUCAUCUCCCAACUCCUCCGCAAGACAAUCCAAAACAAGAGGGCACUGGAUGAGAGUCACUUCUUCCUUUCCUCCUCUGCUGCUGACUCCAGCCAGGAGGACCAGAGCAGCGUCUCCUCUAAGGACAGCACGGUGGAUGCUGCCUCUCCCAGUGCUCACGUGUCCACGGGAGGAAGCCCAGAGGGAGAGCAUCCCAUCGCUGAUCACCUGCAGGCAAAGAGGGCCAGGGUGGAGAACAUUAUCAGGGUGAUGGCCGGCUCUCCAAACAGCAGGCAGCAUGGAGACAGUGAGAGGUCUGACACGGAUGCUCGAGACGUCAGAGAGACCAGAGAGACGUACAGAGAGAAUAAACGCAAGCAGAGGCUGCCUCAGCAUCAGGAACACAGUAUUGGAGGACCGGCAAGCAGAAGCAGUAGCAGUGAAACAUGCAAAGCUAAAGAUGAGGAGUGUCAUAAGCUGAAGGAGCAGCUCCACAGCAUGCAGAGGCUCCUGCGUCAGCUGCAGGAAAAGUUUCUUCAAGUUUACAACCAGGAUGAGCCUGAACAUGACACGGAUGAGACAGAAGUCACAGCUGAGCAUGAUGGCCUGGAAGAAAGCUACACAAACACUGAAGAGGAUUUGGAGAGGAAGACUAAGGACAGAAUGAAAGUUCUGGUCCACCAGAGAGAAAGUCAGAACCUGCAAGAGACCCUGAAGCAGGAGCUGUCCCGGGCUGUGAAUGACUGUGUGGACAGAGUCUUCAAAAAAAUCUCCUCCUCAGGGUUGGAUCUGUCCCCUCAGCAGCGCAUGUGCUCCUCUCCUGAGCUGCAGACCAGCAUGGGUGCAGACAGGAAGAGUCAGCAGGCUGGAUCCACCCAGGAGCAGCCCCAGGCCGAGGAGGCUGCAGGGAAGCGCCGCUCUUUGGAGUAUUAUGAAAGCUCCGAGGCUCAGAGCCCUCAAGACCAGACUGAAGCAUUGUCCCUGGUGGUGCGCAAGCCAGCGGUAACCCCUCUGAGCUCGGUCACCCCGACUGUGAAGAGGCCCUAUCCUGUGCACCAGACGCCAUUUCAGUUCAAUUACCCCACCCCUCUGCAUGACAGUCAGAUCCUGGAGCACCUUCUCAAGUAUGGGCCGCAUUCAAGCUUCGGGGGUCUUCCGUGCCUUCCUCCAUCCAUGGACAGGACCUCCCCUGACUCAGUGGAGCUGCCCUGGGAGGCCAUCUCCAUGAGGUCCAAGGUGACAUCCGGCCACCUGGGACACCACCCUCGCCCCUCCGCCCUGGGGGCAGUGACGGUGGACAAUCUGUGUCUCCCUCAUGUGAAGAUCGAGUGUGGAGAGCUGCAAAGCAUGGCUGAAAGAAACCCCUACAUGUCACUCAAUAUCCAGGAAGGUCUCACCCCGAGCCACCUGAAGAAGGCGAAGCUCAUGUUCUUUUACACUCGCUACCCCAGCUCCAACGUGCUGAAAACCUACUUCCCUGAUGUCAAGUUUAAUCGCUGCAUCACCUCUCAGCUCAUCAAGUGGUUCAGUAACUUCAGGGAGUUUUACUACAUCCAGAUGGAGAAGUUUGCCCGUCAGGCCAUCGUGGACGGCAUCAGUGAUGUCAAAGACAUUACAGUCAGCAGAGACUCAGAGCUUUUCCGGGCACUCAACAUGCACUACAACAAAGCCAACGACUUCCAUGUUCCAGACAGAUUCCUGGAGGUGGCUGAAAUCACCCUGCAUGAAUUUUACAACGCCAUCUCUGCAGCCAAAGAUUCAGACCCUUCAUGGAAAAAGGCCAUUUACAAGGUGAUCUGUAAGCUGGACAGCGACGUGCCGGAGGAGUUCAAGACAUCUUCCUACUUAUAGGCUAAGCUGAGGAAAGUCAUCCUUUUCUUGUAGUGCAUUUUAGUGAGAUCAAAUGUAGACACUGGAUAAUGAAUCAUUUUGGAGAUCUGUAUAUGCACAAUAAAUAUAGAGAAGUUAGUCGAAAAUGCUGUAUGUUCAACUUUACCAACAAGCUAAUGAGUAUUGAUGCUCUUGUGGUUUAUUCGAUUGUUUUGUGUUUACUUAUUUAAUCUGCCUCAUCACAUUUAGAGAGUUUGUAGGUGUGUAAAAUGUUUACAUGUGUAAUUAGGAUUAUUAAGCUCUAGCCUAGCCUGAUUUAGAAGAACUGGGACAUUUUUUUUGCAGUUACUGUCAGUAUUAUUUUGAUUUCUUAUAUUUUUUUUUCUCCAAGCUGUGUGCGUUGUGUAAAUGUGUAUGCACUGCUGUUGUAUGUUGCAUUGUGUUAUAAUUAUGUUUGACAGAAUGUGCAUGUGAAAACACUGCAAGGGU